AAUUGUGCGCAUGUGUAGUGCUGCCUGAUGGCGCGGUCCUGGUUGAGGCGUGGAGACGCGAAGCCUGAAUUGGAGUGAGGAUCACAGGAACAGAGCAGGUUGUUUGCUCGAUACACUUAAUUAGAGGCAAUUGUUCCAUCUGAAUAUUUGUGAAACAUUGUGAAACUGAGAACCAGAGAGAGGUUCUCUAUGGAUAUCAAUAGUGCUAGCAGUGUUGUUCUGCAGGCUUUGACCCAGGCUACUAGUCAAGAUACAGCUGUGCUGAAGCCAGCUGAGGAGCGAUUAAAACAAUGGGAGACACAACCUGGUUUCUAUUCAGCUUUGUUGAAUAUCUUUACAAAUCAUGCACUAGAUGUAAACGUACGGUGGCUUGCGGUACUGUACUUCAAAAAUGGAAUCGAUCGUUACUGGCGACGUAUUGCUCCACAUGCUAUAUCAGAAGAAGAAAAGUCCUCAUUGCGUGCAGGGCUCAUUGCAAAUUUUAAUGAACCAGUGAAUCAGAUUGCAACUCAAAUUGGGGUACUGAUUGCCAAGGUUGCCAGGUUAGAUUGCCCUCGGUACUGGCCAGAACUAAUUCCAACACUGUUGGAAUCUGUUAAAGUGCAGGAUGAUCUCCGUCAACACAGAGCAUUGCUUGCCUUUUAUCACGUCACUAAGACUCUUUCAUCCAAAAAACUGGUAGCAGAUAAGAAGCUGUUUCAAGAUUUGGCAUCAGGAAUCUACAAUUUUGCCUGUUCCCUCUGGAAUCAUCAUACUGACACUUUUUUACAGCAGAUCUAUACAGGGGAUACAGGUGCCAUCCAUUCACUAGAAAGAACUUCGCUUUCGCUGAAAGUUCUUCGUAAACUGACAGUGCAUGGUUUUAUGGAACCUCACAAGAAUUUAGAAGUAAUGGAAUUUCUGAACACAGUUUUUGAGAGGUUAAAACAGUUUCUGGAAUGUCGUAGGCAAGUCAAUCCAGAGAACACAUGCAGUGAAAAGCUGGAGAAGACCAUUAUCCUUUUUACUAAAGUGCUUUUGGACUUUUUGGACUAUCACCCAUUCUCAUUCAUCUCGUUGAUUCAGAGGUCAUUGGAGUUUGCUGUUAGCUAUGUAUUUACGGAUGCUGGUGAAGGCGUGGUGUUUGAGCGGUUCAUUGUUCAAUGCAUGAACCUCAUUAAAAUGAUUGUCAAAAAUGAUGCUUACAAACCAGCAAAGAACAUCAAAGAUAGCAAGCCUGAAACUUUGGAAGCACAUAAGAUAAAAAUAUAUUUCUUCAACUAUUCAACUUUAACUGAAAUCUGUAGAAGAUUGGUAUCUCAUUAUUUCCUUCUGACUCCAGAGGAACUGUCUAUGUGGGAUGAAGAUCCUGAGGGCUUUGCUGUGGAAGAGGCUGGAGGGGACUCUUAUAAGUACAGUUUAAGGCCAUGUACAGAAGUGUUGUUUUUGGACAUUUUUCACGAAUACAGCCAAACACUUACCCCUGUGCUGUUAGAAAUGGUUCAGAAUCUUCAUGGACCGACCAAUGUUGAUAAUACUGUUGGACUAGUGGUCAAAGAUGCUGUAUACAAUGCAAUUGGAUUGGCAGCCUAUGAACUUUUUGACAGUGUGGACUUUGACCAGUGGUUUAAUAGCCAGUUACUGGCUGAGUUGCAGGUUACUCACAUAAGAUACAAACUUAUUCGGCGGAGGGUGAUUUGGUUGAUUGGUCAAUGGAUCUCUGUAAAAUUUAAAUCUGAAUUAAGACCAAUGUUAUAUGAGGCUAUCCUUAAUCUCAUGCAGGACCAAGACCGUGUGGUACGCAUUGAGACAGCUACAACCUUGAAGCUUGCUGUAGAUGACUUUGAAUUUAGAACAGAACAGUUUGUACCAUACUUGGAAAAUAUUUUCAGCCUACUCUUCCACUUGCUGCAAGAAGUCACAGAAUAUGAUACGAAGAUGCAUAUAUUGCACGUCGUUUCUUGUGUCAUUGAAAGAGUUGGAAUGCAGAUUCGGCCUUAUGUUGGAUGUUUGGUGCAGUAUUUACCUUUGCUAUGGAAGCAGUCUGAAGAUCACAAUAUGCUCCGUUGUGCAAUUCUCACCACACUAAUUCACCUAGUUCAGGGUUUGGGAGCAGAUAGCAAAAAUCUCUACCCAUUCUUGCUGCCAGUCAUUCAGCUGAGUACGGAUGUCUCCCAGCCUCCCCAUGUUUACCUGCUGGAGGACGGUUUAGAGUUGUGGUUAGUGACAUUGGAAAACAGCCCAUCAAUCACUCCAGAGCUUCUUGGAAUUUUUCAGAAUAUGUCUGCUUUACUUGAGCUUGGUUCUGAAAAUAUAAGAACUUGUUUCCAGAUUAUAAAUGCUUAUAUUUUCUUGACCUCUUCAGAAUUUUUGCAGAAUUUUGCAGCUGCCCUGUGCCAAUCCUUCUGUGAGCUGAUGCAAGAUAUUACCACUGAAGGACAAGUUCAAGUUCUUAAGGUUGUAGAAAAUGUCCUAAAAGUGAACCCUAUACUAGGGCCUCAGAUGUUUCAACCACUUCUUCCAUCGGUCCUUAAAGGAAUCGUGGAUGGAGAGAGAUAUCCAGUGGUAAUGUCAACAUACCUAGGUAUCGCAGGACGGGUACUAUUGCAAAAUGCAGGAUUCUUCUCUUCCCUUCUGAGCCAGAUUGCAAUAGAACUCAACCAGGAGAUGGAUCAACUCCUUGGCAGUAUAAUCGAGAUGUGGGUUGAUCGAAUGGAUAACAUUACACAACCAGAGAGACGGAAACUUUCUGCUUUGGCAUUACUUUCACUCUUACCUUCAGAAAAUGGUGUCAUUCAAGAUAAGUUUUGUGGCAUUAUCAACAUUUGUGUGGAAGCAUUGCAUGAUGUCCUGUCAGAAGAUCCAGACACAGGAACCUAUAAAGACUGUAUGGUGAUGUCACAUUUUGAAGAGCAAAAAGUAAGUGAUGAUGAAGAACCCCCAACUGAACAAGACCGAAGGAAGAAGCUGCUUGCAUUGAAAGAUCCAGUACACACUGUGUCACUGCAACAGUUUGUCUACGAGAAGCUAAAGGCACAGCAGGAGUUACUCGGAGAACAAGGAUUCCAGAGUCUGAUGGAAUCUGUGGACACUGAAGUUGUCAGACAGCUGCAAGGAUUUUUACAAAAAUUGUGAAAAAUUAAGAAACUGUUUCCUCUAGUUGAAGAAGAAAUGGAAAACAUGCAAUCGUAUUCUUACAACAAAUGCCAUCAAAGCUUCCAUCCUCAUAGUGGGAGCAACCCUCAUGCACAAUCUGAUAUAUCCUGAUGAAGAAAUCAAGCUAAACAUUAUUUUGAAGUGUACUAAAAAGAAACCGUGCAAUUUGGGGCAAACGUUACUGGGGAUAAAAAGCUCCAAGAUCCUUGUAGCUUUACUGUUGUCCAUUGUAUUUGAAGACCAGAGGAAGUGUAGUUUCUCUUUUUGUAUUAUUUGAAAUAUUACAGAAAAUUGCAGGGUGAGACUAUACAAAGCAGUUAGUGUGAUAUCAAGUACACGGUCAUUGGAUGAAAAUUUAGCUUUAGGGGAGAAAAGAGUUUUGCUGCAUCAGUACGUUUUAGCUACAGCUGCAAAGCAUGCAGCUUGGUUUUAUACAUUAUGUUAACCAACUCACAGCUAAAUGAGCUCCAAUGUGUAUUUAAUGCGCGUACAUACACACAAAAUUGACUAGAUUAAAUUUUGCCUAAAUCGGGAAAUAUUUGCCUUACUGUAUUUUAUCAGCCUUACCUCAACUGAUAAACCUACCUUUCAGCAUUUUGAGUUUUUUGAACAAGUUUCAAAUGGUAAACUGGUCCUUGCAGAACCCAGGUAUACAUCUUAAAUAUAAAAUUCAAUCUUUCUUUGUUCAGACCCACAAUGUUGAUGAGCAGCAUGAAACUUGAGCAUUGACCAACAUUCAAUUUUCAAACUAAUUACAUAAUGCUUUAAGAAGGAUAACCAGUGAAAACAAUAAAGUCUUUGAUUAGCAAA